CCACUUUUCAUUCAAUUUGAAACAACGCAGCGAAAGUGAAAACACUGGAGAAAGUGAAAGACAAAAAGGGAGGAAAAAAUAUCUCUUUCCGAAAACCCCCCAAAUUCCUCCAUUUUUGUCUUCUAUUUCAAAAUCCCUAACUCCAGUUCCGAAUUACUUCUAAUUUGUUACCCCUUUUUUUCCCUACUUUUGACUCCACAGUUUCUCUACAAAGAUUAUAUUUUGGAUUUUGUGAUAUCUUGUGUUCUUCGUCAUUUUGAGUAAUUGAAAACAUGGGGAUUCCUCAAGAAAUCGAUGAUUACAUGAAAAGAACCAUAGAUGAUUCCUUAGGUCUUCCAAUCUCCACUGAAUCUUUGCAAUUGAAGCUCCGUUCCUCCGAAGAAACCCAGCGCCGCCUCCGUGUUCAGUAUCUGUUACUUCUCUCAAAAUUGAAAGAGAAAGACCAAAUCAUCGAGCGGUCAAAGGCCGAAGCGAAUAUGAACGCAGUGGCGUUGAAGAGAUUCGUGCAAGAGAAUCAGAAGCUCGCGGCAGAGUGUGCAAAUUUGUUAAGUCAGUGUAACAAAUGGGAAAAAGAGUGUUUACUUUAUGAUCGUGAUAGGGAGGCGUUGAUGGAUUUUGGAAAUGAAGCUGAUGAGAGGGCAAAGAAAGCUGAGAUUAGGGUUCAUGAAUUGGAAGAGGAGUUAGGGAAGUUAAAUGAGGAAUUAAGGUUCUACCAACAUCGUUAUGAGAGCCAAGAGAUCGAUUCUUCUUCCGAGGGCGCAACUGAGGAAGAGAAUUUACUUGAGUCAAUUCUGGCAGCAUUGAUUUGUAAAAAUGAAGUUACAUCUGGACGUGCAUUCUUGGAGGCAAAUACUUCCCUUGAAUCAUGCCUAAGGUUGCUUAAAAUGUGGAACAGGUUGAGGCCUUCAACUCAAAAAAUUUUGACACUAGCUGCUGAAGUAAAGACCCUUAAGAAAGACAAGGAACAUCUCAGGAUAAACCUUAGUAAAGCUGAAGAAGAGGUCAAAAUUCUGUUUGAAGAAAACAACAUAUUGGAUGAGGCGAACAAAAGAUUAUUGAGGCAAUCCCGUGAAGAAAAGAAUCUCCAUGAUUCUGGUGGGAAGCAUACUGGUAGUGCAUCUGCAAAGACAAACAAACGAAAAUCAAGUCCCAAGAUACGCAGCCCGAUUGAGAAGAAGAUUAACUUCACUGAAACAGAUUCAGCAAGAAAGCCUCUGUCACCCUUCCGAUAUAACUCCCCGAUGUAAAAAAUGCACAAGAUAGGACCUAACUUCUUGUCCAUCGAUAAUCUUUGUAUCAAAGAUGAUGUUUUAAGUAGAUUUACAGAUAGCUUUUCUGAAGCUACAGUGUUUGUAGUUUGCGAGUAAUAUCUUAGUUUCAAGCACUGAAGGAAAA